AUCCGAUUCCUCAAAUAUGAUAAGUAUAAUUGAAAACAACGCCUGGUUUCAGACUUGGUUAUAUAAGUCUUCUUUCCCUCAGUUCUGAGUGUUACUCAUUCAUUUAUUUAUUCGUUUAUUCAUCAUUUCUCAUUUCUAUAUACGUGCGCGAGUCCAUUGAUAUAUACAUAUCACAAAAUUCCAGCAUCAUGUUGGAAAAUCUAUCAGUAAAAUCUCUCAUUGUACCAUUUGUUGUGAUUUUUGUCCUGUUCAAAGUUACACAAUCUGUUCAGAGAGAGCUCAAGAUUAGAUCACUGGGUGGUCAUACGAGAAGAGUGAAGACAUGGAUUCCAUUCGAUCUCGACCUAAUUGUGCGUUCCGUCAAAUAUGGUAUGCAAGAUAAGGAAGUCGAAGCAUGGAUGGAGUUUUUCUCCGGUUACAAAGACCUACGUUAUACAGUAGAGGCAAAUCUAGGAGGACAACGUACGCUUUUCACCGCGGAACCAGAAAAUAUCAAAGCUAUACUCGCGACUCAAUUCGGAGAUUAUGGCAAAGGGGAACCCUUUCAUGUAGAUUGGAAAGACUUCCUUGGUGACAGUAUCUUCACGACAGAUCUUGACCAAUGGCAUGAUUCUCGUCAGUUGAUACGUCCACAAUUUAUCAAGGAUCGAGUCAGUGAUUUGGAUACUUUCGAGAGACAUGUUCAGAUUUUAAUCCGGAAAAUCAAAGAAGAAGGUAGAAAAUGGGACGGCACUCAGGGUCGGGAGCUUGAUGUUAGUGAUCUGUUCUUCAGAUAUACUCUAGAUGCUGCGACGGACUUUUUGCUAGGACGCAGUGUGGACAGUCUAGAGAAACCAGGAGCAUUUGCAGAUGCUUUCGCUGAGGUUCAGCGGGUACAGUGUGUCAUCGCGAGAGCUGGACCUCUAAAUGGUUUAGUUCCAAGAAAAUCAUUCUACCAAGGUCUUAAGGUUAUAAACGAAUUUGUUACCCCCUUCAUUGAAGAUACGCUUCGACUUUCUCCCGAGGAACUAGCAACCAAAACGAAAACAGAGGAAGGGUAUACAUUUCUCCAUGCAUUAGCGGGCUACACCCGUGAUAGAAAUAUACUCCGAGAUCAACUCGUAGCAGUCUUACUUGCCGGUCGCGAUACAACAGCUUGCACUCUCUCAUGGACAUUCUACGAACUGGCUCGUCAUCCUGAAGUAUUUAGGAAAUUACGCGAGGAAGUCAUCUCGAAAGUUGGUCUAGAGACACCUCCAACUUAUCAACAUUUGAAAGAUAUGAAAUAUCUACAAAAUGUUAUGCAAGAAACCCUUCGUCUUUACCCCGUCGUUCCCUUCAAUAUCCGCCUAGCCCUCAAAGAUACUACACUACCCGUCGGUGGCGGACCAGAUGGCCUCUCUCCUAUUGGAAUUCUCAAGGACACUCCAAUCGGCUACUCCACUCUCAUUAUGCAACGCCGCGAAGAUCUUACUCCAGACGUCAUGAGCUUCAAUCCCGACCGAUGGCUCACAUGGCAGCCUAAACCUUGGCAAUACAUUCCAUUCAACGGCGGUCCCCGAAUCUGUAUUGGUCAACAGUUUGCACUCACGGAAAUGGGUUAUACGAUCGUUAGACUUUUGCAAAAUUUUGAUGGACUCGAGGAAUUUAUGCAUGAAAUUGAUGGAGGAAAUCCUCGAUUGAAAUGUGAUAUUGUUUUACAGCCUGGACAGGGUGUACACGUGGGAUUUUUGGAUGGGCAAAGUGGAUCUGUGAAAGAGAAGAUCUAGAAUGAUGAUACGGCGUUGAUUGCUUUCUUGGUUGCUCAAAAAAUAAACAAACGAAAUGAACGUUAACGAUUGAUGAAAGUGUUUUUCUCAGCUCAGUUCAUGAUGUAAAUAUAAGAAAUGGGGUUCUUGCAUCCAUUUUUACAAUGAUCUGAAUACCAUAUUAUUUGAGUAUCAAGAAAAUAGAAUGCACAUAACGAAUGAAUAGUGAGCCAAGUGACUCGUCACAAUCACUCUAUCAUAUACGAUAUUCGAGAUCUUAAUCAUUCCAUCGCAUACAAACAUUCAACAGUCUCGAUUCUUUAUCAUCCCAAUCAUAGUGCUGAUAUAUUUAUCAUGUCCGACUGGGCGAAUCUACAGCGCUGUAUAAGUCUAUUCUUUCUAAUUUUAACAAUCCAGGCCUUUAAUUAUGAUAUUGAAACUUAUGCGAAAUGAGUAUCAAAGAACAAGACGAUAGAGGAAGGAGAGGUCAAAUCACUGGCUUUGAAGCGAUGAGAAAUAAGAGUAUAAAUAUCGGGUUCAGGUGACUGGCUAUCUUUGGAUUUCGAUAUACAAACGAUACAACUGUACAGCUCAGCAACAAGGCGGUAAAGAUUGUUGAGAUGAAUUGAUCUGGUGAGG